AUGCUCCUGCCUGACCCUGGCGGCCUCUCCACGAGCAGUACCCUGACAGCUGAGAAGGUGUGGUGGUAUGAUCGUACCGAUUUCGAGGGCAUAAGUUACCUUUCAUCGCUCUCCAGCUCUCCUAUAGGAGACGGACGCCCAUCACUUGCUUUCAAUGUCGGCCGUGCUCCCGAGUGUCUGCUCGUGGCAGAGAAUCACCUUGGUAUUACGGAUCUACGGCUUGCCGACUUUCCUGCGUCGGACUAUGUACACGAAACACCUGGGACUUGGUGGCGGACCAUCCCGCUUGAUCGCACGGGAAUGAAAGUCGAUGUCGAGACGGAUGGCAUCAAGCUUCGGCGCCUAGUAUGUGGUGAUCGUGAUGUGGUCACCUGGAGCGUCCCGGAACCAAGAACGCCCCGAUUCCAUCACUUCACCCAUGACAGCUCGCAUCGGGCACCUGCUCGCAUGGCCUCUUUCCUAUGCAAUCAUCCAAAGGCGACGGGCUACUCCUUUCUUUGGGAUUGCGGCCUAGUUCAUAUUCAUAGCCAUACAGCUGAUGAAGAUACGGCCUUUUACCAAUCCAUUCGGCCUGGUUCCUGGCUCCACAUGCCAGUAGACCACGGCGAACUCAUCACACAAAUAUGGCAGCAGAGAUCCCCCUACUCACGAGAACAGAGCAUCGCGUUCGUGACGAAUACAGGCCGAGUCUUCGUCGCCGGAGUCUAUCGAAGGACAAACCAGAGUCCAUUUGCCUUAAUCGAGCGACCUGGUCCGAAGCUGAGUCGCAUCUACUUUCAGACUUCGGACGACGGAAUCGGAUCUCUGGCAUUUGCGACCGCUGCUCCGAAACACGAGUACGUGUUUUUUCACCAGCCCCAACCGUCAUCCAACAAUAUCUUCCUGUCUAUCGACAACUAUUUCUUCACUUCACAUUCUCUCCACCAACUGGAAGAAAUUACUCCCUGUCUCGCGAGUGGAGGUACGGCCGUGACCGGCCUACUCCUUCACUUCCCCGGUGGACACCGAGGAAGCGUUGGGAAAACCAGGCUCGACCGAUUAGGAGACCGCUUUUCCGUCACCGAAGCACCUUUGUGGUUUCUCACAUUCGGAAAGCGGCCCGGCGGAUACCCUUAUGUUCUUGAAGUUGGCACAUGCCGACCGGACAAGGACGGAGACUUCCAGCACAUGCAAUUAUCUCGCGCGGGCAAACUAGAGUGGAUUUGGUCCGAACGACAGUGCCUGGUCAUCUGCAACGGCCACAGGAGUCCCCCAACGACCUAG